UAGAUUACCUUUAGUUGUGUUUACUUGUUUAAGACUGCUGUACAUAGGUCCCCUCAGUCUUCACAAAUUACUGCUCUGUGUGCAUGUUGUUUACAGCGCAUCCCCAGCUCGGCAUGAAAAUAAUCGAGUCAAGAGAUUGUCGUUAAAAGGAAUUAUUCUCCCGCAGGGUACAAUGACACACAAUGAACCCAGUUCACUGAGCCUGACCAGUAUCACGUAUAUUCUCAUAAACUCGUUAUCUGAUCCUGCUUCUGAUAAAUAACCGACAAACGCCAUGGAGAUUCUUUCAGCAAUCUGUUUAGUAAUGGCUGUUGUGGGCGGGUGUGUGUCCGAGCUGGUCAUAUAUCCUGCACCUCCGACCAUGGAGGCAUCAGAUAAGUAUGAGGUUUUGGUUGGUCUUGGGGAUCCAUUAUUGAGUACCUUCACUUACCAGACGACCUCGAAUCACAGACAUGCCGAGAUUCCCUAUGUUCACCCCAACCGCUCUGUGUCCUGGUCGUCUUUUGCGUUCAGUAGUGGUCCAGUAGUGGUUGAGGUCAGAACGCUGACCGACUUCAGUCACUGUCUGGUUCGUCCAGCAAGUUACGGAUACGCUUGUAGUAGGGUCGGGAUCAAUACGGCAAGGUUUACAGUGACUCGGAAUUCUAGCAUGAUGUCUGUAGAGUUUGAUAAUGACUACGGCAGUUGGAAGUCCGAAAUAGUCGACAAGUUGCUGAUAUUUGCUGAUCCUCUGGAGAGAGAUGUUCCCUCUAAGAGUGACCCUUCCGUUCUGUUCUUUGAUGUGGGUGUGCAUUAUAUAUCUUGGUGGUCAAGUCAGUUUAAACUCCAGCAUUAAAGAAGUGUACAUCAGUGCCGGAGCUUUUGUCGAUGGAGGGUUCAUCACCGAGGACAACACAACGGUCAAGAUCCAUGGAAGAGGAAUCUGUUCAGGCCGAAAGUACAAAUUCCAUGACAAACGAUUUCAAUGGUCAUUGAUCAACACUGCACGAGGCACCAAUCACACAAUUGAAGGUAUCACGUUAAGCGACCCCCAGCAGUUUUUCAUAUUCGCUGAAAGUCCAAACAACAUAAUCAAACAGGUUAAGAUGGUGGGUGCCUGGCCAUACAAUAGCGACGGCAUUGAGAUGGGAGUAGGAGGCGUAGUGGCGGACGUCUUUAUCAUGGCCAAUGAUGACUCAAUCAAGGUGUACAACAAUGAUAUGACGAUACAGAGAGUGGUCAUCUGGCAAAUGCAAAAUGGCGCCGUUUUCCAAACAGGCUGGUGGGCUGAACGUGACCUUCACAGAGUGAAGAUCACCAAUAUUGACGUCAUUCACAUGGACUGGUGUACUUUCCGCGGCCCGGAAUGUGACAUGUUAAGUAGAAACGAUGCAGUGUUCGAUCUGGCUGGAAACGUCAGAGUCAUCAACAUGAGUCAAUUAGUAUUUCAAAACAUUCGUCUGGAAGGUUUGUGUCCUCGUUUUGUUUUCUGGACAAUGCCGGCAGGGACACGUGGUACUUCCUCCAACGUCCGGUUUAUCGAUGUCUCAGUUGGAUCACAGCCAAGUACUGGUCAACUCAGGAAUGAAAUAGCAGGCAAUAAACCCAACGGAUAUGUGACUGAUUGGCUAUUUGCUAAUUUGUCUGUUAGCGGACACUGUAUUUCAACUCCUGGCGCGGGGCGAUUCAUAAUUGAUAAUUCUACCACAUCCAAUAUUACAUUUUCGUGUUAGGUAUGCUACAAAGAGAUCUAAAUGACUGAAAGAAAUUACUAGAGGGUGAUAGAAAUAUUUCACGUGUUUUAUAUAGUUGCUGAGU